AUGGUCAUAAUUUUCCCUUUAAGAAACAAUGGUGUCUUUUUUAUGUUAUUAUUAUUGUGGAUUCUUGUAUCUGGUGUUUUUGUCUGGGGAAGACCAGCCACUUUUGAGCAAGAUUUUCAUGUCACGUGGUCAGAGUCCCAUAUCAAGCAAAUUGACCAAGGCAGGACAAUCCAACUCAUCCUAGACCAAGGCUCUGGUUGCGGGUUUGCUUCCAAGGUGAAAUACAUGUUUGGGCGUGUUAGCAUGAAGAUCAAGCUUGUCCCUGGAGAUUCUGCUGGCACAGUAACUGCAUUUUAUAUGAACUCGGACACUGACUCGGUUCGUGAUGAGUUGGAUUUUGAGUUCUUGGGGAACCGAACUGGACAACCUUACACCGUUCAAACAAACAUCUAUGCUCAUGGAAAAGGUGAUAGAGAACAGAGGGUGAACCUUUGGUUUGAUCCUGCUGCUGAUUUCCAUACUUACUCAAUCUUGUGGAACCAUCACCAUAUUGUGUUUUACAUUGAUGAAGUUCCAAUAAGAGUGUACAAGAAUAAUGAAGCAAAGGGGAUACCAUACCCAAAGACGCAGGCGAUGGGAGUAUUUUCAACAUUAUGGGAAGCUGAUAAUUGGGCAACAAGAGGCGGAUUAGAGAAAAUAGAUUGGAGUAAAGCACCUUUCUAUGCAUAUUACAAAGAUUUUGACAUCGAAGGAUGUGCAAUACCAGGACCAUCUUCAUGUGCGAGUAACCCAAGAAACUGGUGGGAAGGAGCAGAAUAUGAAGGUCUAAAUGCAAUGGAAGCAAGGAGGUAUAGGUGGGUUCGUGUGAAUCAUAUCAUCUAUGAUUAUUGCCAAGAUAAAUCAAGGUACCCAAUCACCCCACAUGAGUGUUUUGAAGGCAUCUAA